AUGUCUAUUUUCUCUCAAGAAGAAGUCUUACCACGUGACGGCCAAGAUUCAGGACAAGGAAGGAUCUCGCCGGACCAGCUACACCUCAUCUUCGCUGGGAAGCAGCUCGAGGACGGCCGCACCCCCGCCAUCUACAACAUCCAGAAGGAAUCCACCCUCCAUCUAGUGCUCCGCCUCUGGGGAGGCGCCAUGAAGCGCAAGAAAAAGACCUAUACUAAGCCCAAGAAGAUCAAGCACAAGAAGAAGAAGGUCAAGCUCGCCGUUCUCUAG